AUGACUGCAUCAGCGACUGUGAAAGCCGAGGGCAGCGGCGCGUCCGCCAACAAGACGCCUGCUGUCGCCAGUGCUCCGCCGUUCGUACUCUCGAAAGUGGACACCGGCGCCGGCGAGAGCAACGUGACGAAGCAGAUGACCAAGGGACUGCAGAAUGUCUGGGCCAACGCACGCUACUCGGACUUCACCAUCGGGUGUGGCGAGAGGAAAUGGAAGGCACACAAGGUGGUGGUGUGCUCGCAGUCGGACUUCUUUCAUAAGGCUUGCGAUGGGGAGUUCAAGGAGGCGCAGACCGGAGUCGUCACUCUCAAGGAAGACGACCCGAACGUCGUCGAGGUUAUGUUGCACUUUAUGUACCACUUCGACUACGAAGACGAGGGACAUGGCGGCCUUGCUCCGCUGAUGCUCAACGCCUAUCUCUUCGUCAUGGCCGACAAGUACCAAGUCGACGGACUCAAGGCUCUCGCCAAGGACAAGUUUCUCAAGCGUACGACCUCGCAGUGGAACACCAGCUCCUUUGCAGAAGUCAUCUCCGUCGCCUACAGCUUGGACGACAGAGUCACCGGCGUCCUCCGUCAGAUCCUCGCAGGCACUGUGCGCGACCAUGCGAAGGACCUGUUUAGGAAGCAGGAGUUCUUCGAGUUCCGUGAGGCGGCGCUCAAGCAUCCGCAGCUGCUGCUCGACCACUCCAAGAGCACCGCUGUCAACGCUGACGAGCCCAACCGCAACCCCGCGAACAUGGACUGGUACAAGUGUCCGGGGAACUACUGCAAAGAGUACAGUGCCAUCUUCGCCAUCAGCCAGCAUGUGCCGGAUACCUUCCGCAUCUCCUGCCCGUUGCGGUGCACGUACAACAAGAACAAGCCGUUCUGGGACGCUUACAAGAUCUGA